AUUGUCAAUGUCAUUUUCAUAAUUGUGUGUAAGUCGGUUUAAUACAUUUUUAAGUUAAAAUAAUAUCUGCAUUAGUUUUACUUGGACUUAAUUGAAGAGAAUAAGUAAUUCUUAACAGAAAUACCAAUUAAUUUUCGAUGUACUCUCAAAUAGUUCUACCGAGACAAUGGUCCAGAUUAGUACAUAUUUGCCGAACUAUGGCGACCCUAGAAGGUCAAAAAGUUCCUCAGAGCAGUUCUGCGAGUGAUGGCAUUUCACCGCCACAAAGGAUCCACAGAGGACCGACAGACAUCCUCCAAGCACUUGCUGCCACAGUCGGACCUGAUCCAACUGCAGCACAUUACAAAUAUCAUGAUGACCCAUAUUUAAUUCCUCUCUCCAACUUCCGAAAGAGGUCAUAUGCACUAUCAGCAGAAGCAGGUAGAAAAGCUGCAGCUUGGGUUAGAGAUGAACAUGCCGAUCUAUUCUCGAUGAGAGAGUGGGACCCACCGGGCAAGAAGAAAACUCCCUACUUAAAUGCUGAUCCCCACAUUGAUGCUUUUGCUCCUAAACCAAUAUACAAUGAUGAAAGUAAGGUGACCGAGGAAGACUUUAAAUACACAUUAAACAAUGCACUAGUUGAAGAUGCAAUAAAAGUUUUUGAACUACUUGGUGGAGUAAAUGCUCUGAGUGAGGAAUUGAAAAUGGAAUUUCUACAAUUGCUUUGUUUCUACAAUGAAAAAGAACCAUUAGCAAUGGAAUGGUUGGAAGAGAGAUGGUUUGCUGCCAAGACAAGGGACAGACAUUCUGCUACAUGGAGGUUGGGUGGUCUAGCUGAUAGUAUUUUUACAUCUAUGGAACCAAAAACCUCGGAGGCUUACUGUGCUAUAAUUCAAGGAAUGGCAAAAUAUUAUCAAGCAGAAAGGGCACAUUUAUUAGCUCAGGAAGCAAUGGAAAAGGGCAUUCCACUGUCAACCAGUGUCUUUAAUUCUCUCAUAAGUUGUGUUGGAUUCCUAAAAGAAGGGACUACAUUAAGAAUUGAAGCAUUGAAAACACUUUUAGCACAAAUGAAGGAACAGGGUUUAUCACCAGACCAAGGAACACUUAGUUCUUGUCUGAAGUCAAUAUCAGCUUGGGGUGGUGGCAAUAUGCUACAGCAGGUAGCUUUGCAAGUUGUCGCAGAAUUCAAAAGCAUCGGCCUCCAGCCAGGACUCUCGGCUUAUUAUUAUUUACUAUGCUUGUUUUGCAAAGAACGUGGCCCUAGAGUUGAUAUUUUGACAACAAUUCUUAAUGAUUUGGAGAAAAGAGAAAAUUUGCUGCCACAGGACGCGACAGAUACAAACUUCUUUAUUACAGCAAUGGGAGUGUGUAGUGAUCAUUUGCAGGACAUCAGUUUGGCGGAGAGGCUGCACAAGCUGCUGAUGAAAGGCGACAACUACAGGCUGGUGGGCGACGCAUACAAGGAGAGCAUUUACUACAGGCACUACAUCACUGUCUCUUGCCGGCAUGCUCCGUUCGAAAAGACUCUAGAACUCCUCGAUACGCUAAUCCCGAAUGUAUAUGUUCCGGAACCAUCUGUCAUGGAAGAGAUAAUAAAGCGUCUGGAGGCUGGCGGCGCGGGCGAGCGGCUGGCGCAGGCCUGGUCUCAGCUCGUGGUGUUCGGACAUGCCAACCGCGUACGACUCGUCGAGAGGCUGCUUGACGCUUUCUGCAACUGCUACCAAUACCAAGAUGAUGAAAUAAAAACGAAGAUACGUUUAGCCGCCGGCGAUAUCCUCAAAUUUGGUCAAAUGGCUGAGGAGAAGGAGGAAAAGAACGAAAUGAGAUCACCAGUACAAAAGUUAUCAGCAACGGCAAUGACUAACAUAAUAGAGUUGUGCUCCGAUGUGACGGACAAAGCGGACGAGGGCUGGGAGAAAGUUUCGCAGGCGCUGGACCGGCUGCGCAGCCAGCAGGCGGCUGGCGUGCCAGCUCGCCCGCAAGUACUUGCGCAAGUCGCACAGAGAGCUGCCACUGUCGGCAGACCGACUAUAGCCGCGGCGGCGGUUGGUUACCUAUCGGAGUGCGGGUUUGAGGAAGCGACAUCUGCCAGCGUGGCGACUCUGAGCGUGAUGCUGAACAGGUCGGAGGAGGAGGUGAAGACGCUGCUGCAGGACAGGAGCAACCUGAGCGCCCUACACCCCACUGCGCUGGCCGUCGCUGAGGCUUAUCAUGAAGUGAAAUCAGGCGCGUCUCUACACCAAUCAGAUUCCUCUACGAGUUCGGAGAGUGACAGCGAAUCGUCCGAUGAUGAUUGUUAGUAUACCUCCUAAUUAUUGU